CUCGCUGUUCGGCGGUGCGAGAAGGCCGCCGCCGCUGCUCCGCUCUCACAUUUUUGGCGGGCGGCCACACGUGACAGGCACCGUGGGAGCGAGCACUCGACUCCAUCCAGACGCCGCGCCAGCGCCGCGCGCCCCGUGCGGCAUCGCGCAUGCGCCUUGCCCAUCCCACUCACUGCUCCACCCCGACCUCACCUGCCCAGACGAUCGCUCUCUCCUCCGCUGCUCUCCGUGAUCCGCACGCCUGCACGCGUCUGAAUCCUCGCACGACUGGGCCGCUUCACUCCUCACGCCCGGCCGCUCUGCGCCCGCCAUGACGCUGGUGGAGGGAGACGAGCUGCAGCGCAUCUGGGGCCUCGUCGCCGAGCUCUCGGCGCAGCUGUCGGCGAACCGCGAGCUGUGCACCAGUCUGCAGCAGCAGCUCGACGAGCUCAAAGGCCAGGCCAUCCAUGCCAGCACGGGCUACUCGCUGCGCCGCUUCAACCUCGACAUCUCCAAGGAGAAGUUCGAGUCGAGCCUCGAGCGCAUCAAUGCGUCGCUGGUUAUGGAGAACCAGUCGCUGGCGCACGAGAACCGGCAGCUCAACCUGCUGCUGCGCGAGUACGAGCAGACGCUCGAGACCGUCAUGGGCAAGUUCCGCACGUUCUCGCACGCCACACAGCAGCACACGCUGCAGCUCACGUCGCACUACGAGUCGCUGCUCUCGCAGAGCGCCUACAACGCCGCCUCCGGGUCCCUCACCCAAGAGACAUCCAUGUCGACGCAGCUGACGCAGCUCGGCUCGCUCGUGCGCAUGGCGCUGCGCUCGCUCGAGGGUGAGGCACCGUCUUCGCCCUCCUCCGCAGAUCUGGAAGCAUAUAGCGUCGGCGCCCUCUCCGGUGCUGCUCAACCGAUGCCCCGCGGCUAUGGCUCGGCGCCCUCUGCUGAUCCGCGCUGGCACGGAUCUGGCGGGUACACGGGGCCAGCUGGCGACCCGGACGCCGCUGGCGCCUUCGCUGCGCUCGAGGAGCUCACCGAAGAGGAGCGGCUGCGCUUCGAGAACGCUCGGCUGCGCGAGUUGCUCGGGAUCGCAGACGAGAUCCCAGACCCGCCGCCGCCCACUGUCUUCCCCACGAAGGAGCAGCUCAGCCUGGGCAAGCCGCGUGUCGGACGCCGAGCCAGCGCUGCUGCGGCCGCGGCCGCUGCAGCAGCAGCGGCCGAAUCGUCGGCGAGCCCUGCAACUAGCCCGCAGACAUCACCACAGACGCGCCCAAGCCCCGGUCCGGAUCUGAUCCCUGCCGGAGGCGCAGGAGGGCCGCCGCAAUUGGACGGCCCGCCGCCACCAGUCUCGAGCAUGUCCACGUCGCCCGUCCGUGCUAUUCCGGCCGCCCUCGCCGCUCGGACGAGCCCGCGCACUCUGGCUUCGGGCACGACCAGCAGCGCGCAGCUGUCACCGACCAGCCCAAAGCUCCGCACUCUGGACGAGGCACCUACCGAUGCAGAGCUGGCGCAGAGCUCACCGGUCUUCGACGACAACGACAGCACCGAUGCAGCUCCCGUAGCAAAUCUGCCGGCUGUCGCUGCCGCUGGUGCGGCGGAAGACGAGUCGCCAGCGGAGCCGAAGGCGCCGGAGCAGACCCUGGGCUCGUCUUCACCGCCCCUGGAGCCGCCCACGAGCGUUGGCAACGCAGCGCCGCCGCCAACUGAGGCACGCGACAUCGAGCCUGCGGCCGAGUCCGCGGCCGCGCCUGCCGACGCCCCGAUCAGCACGAGCGAGCAGCCGAGCGAGUCCUCCGCGGCCGAGGUCCUGCCCGCCUCCAGCUCUGCCGAGACCUCGGAAGCGGUAGGCGAGCACGCCGAAGACGAUGCUAGCCCAUCGAGUCUGCUACUCGAUGUCACUACGGAUGCCCCUGGCGACGGCGAGCAGACCUCCUCAGCCGAGCCCGCCGACGCGGACGUCGAGGCGGCGCAGGCCGCCGCACCAGUCGCAGCCGAGGCGGAGCACGUCGAGAGCUAGGACAGCUCGGCAAUAUAUCCCAUGCGUCUCGCGUCGUCACGCAUAUUACAUCAAGGCAUGCUUGGGAGGGGUCGAGGGGUAAAGGGUCGUAAGUAGACAGAUUUGGAGGGCUCGUGGGCGAUGUGG